AUGAGCAUAUCGAGGCGCGAGACAUUUUCCGGCUCGAACUCAAGCGCAACAGGCCGUGCCCACAGCAUCUACGAGGCACGUUGUGUGUAUCGCAAAUAUUUCCGUAUGCCUGCGGAGGCGUGUCCGCCGGCGAAGGAAGCGCACACGAUGGGAAGGAAGGACGCCAGGACCAACUCGACGGAGCUUGCGUCGAUUCCAACCUCGAACAAGCUCGUCAUAAAUGCACCUGGCACCGACACAUCGCAAACGGGCGAUAAGCCAUCUACCAAUGUAUGGAGACUCUGCCCAUUCAGGAACCCGGCGAGGUCCGACGGGCUGGUCCUCAAGCACUGGAGACAAGUCGCCAGGACCCGGGAUCAACCUAAGGUUGCGCCUAAUGCGCCGCUGGAACUUCACGAGAAAUACGCCGAAACGCUCGACUCGGACGUCACGUCCACCCUGCCGAAACUGGACGAGGAAAACAACCCUAUAGACUCUUAUCCGUUCGCCAAGGUAGCUCCGGCAAUAAAAAUUUAUCGCUACUCCGAUGAGUUCUACCGGUAUCAGAUCGGCGACCUCGACCCGUCGUGGACCAAGGAGGAAACCGACCUCCUCUUUGAUCUUUGCGAGAUGUUCGAGCUCAGAUUCGUCGCAAUACACGAUCGGUUUAAGUGGAGGAAGGAUGUCACGCUUGAGAAACUCAAGCACCGUUACUACACGGUCACCAAGCGGAUCAUCGAGUACUCCUUUGAGGAAAAAAUCAAGACCGAGAUGGCGAAGCAUAACAACCCGUCUCACCCGGUAAUUGCGGCGCUCAGGGACGAGUCCGCCAGGCAUCCGCUGGUCAAGUUCACGUACAACAUGGAACAUGACCGGGAUCGCAGGGAGAUGCUGGAAAGGAGCUACAGGGUCACUGAGGAACAGAGACAAGCUGAGAAUCAGCUUCUGGACGACAUAAAGCAGGCAGAGUCGCUGUUCAAAAGGGAAGAGCGCAAGAAAGUGGAGUUCAAGAAGCUGAAGAAGAAAUUCAGUGUCAGCGACGACGCCAUCACACUGCCGAACAUGGAAAAACUGCACUCCAAAGACGUGUGGCUCGCAAGCGAUAUGGUCACGCAGUACAAGGCGCAACUCAACCCGAAGCACAACGACGCAGUGGACGAAAUGUUGGCGGCGUUGAAUAUACCGGCACCAGUGGUCUCGUCGCGAGCGUCCAACGAACUGUACUGCGUGGUCCGUGGAGACGCGGCUAUCAUGAUAAACCUGGUGAACAAGGUAGACAGCCUGAGGAAGGAACUUGAGCACUGGAAAGCCAUCGCGGGGCCCCUGCCGGAGCAGACGGCUACGCCCACAGCCAGGGAACAAAGGACAGGUGGUCUCCCAGGGCCCCUAGAUAUCGCAACCGCGUUCCAAACCCCGCGCAACAUGGAACCUGCCAAACCUUUCCCCAAACCGAAAUACGCUACCCCGCAAAAUCUUGGGACGCACCAGAUGAGCCAGUCGGACGAUGCCGCCUCGUUGAUGAGCGAAAGUUCAAAGCUUUGCGAACCAUCGCAGCUGGAGCAGGAGCACCAAAACCAAAACGCCUUGUACCAACAGCAGUUGGCAAGACAACGGAUGAUCAUGGCACAGCAACAACAAAUGCAACAGCAGAUGCAGCAGCAAAUGCACCAACAGAUGCAACAGCAAGCUCAGCAGGCCCAAGCGCAGCAGUUACAGGCUCAACAGUUGCAAGCUCAGCAGCUACAAGCCCAACAGCAGCAAGCUCAGCAACAACAGUUGCAGGCGCAGCAGCAGGCACAGAUGCAACAGGCUCAGCAACAGCAGAUGCAAGCCCAACAGCAACAGACCCAGCAGCAGCAACAACAACCUCAGCAGCCAGCACAAGGUCAACCGAUACAGACUUCGCCACGACAAGAAGCGCAGCAGCCAGUACAAGGGCAACCUCCACAGACGUCACCACGGCAACAGGCACAACAGCUGCAAUCGCAGCAACAACAGGCUCAAGCUCAACAGCAAUUGCAAGCCCAGCAACAACAGGCCCAGGCUCAACAACAACAAAUGCAGGCGCAGCAGCAGCAGGCCCAAAUGCAACAAGCACAACAGCAAGGCCAGCAGGGCCCUCAGCCCGGGUCGGCGCCGCAGGCACAAGGUCAACAACAGCAACCGCAUCAGCAGCAGUCAAGAUCACAGAUGCCGCAAAUGUACAAUAUGAAGGUAGGAGCGCCUGGUGCAUCUAGUCCACACUCCUUCCAGCAGCAAGGACACUACCAGCAGAUGAUGCCGCACCAGCCACCCGCCCACAUGAACCAGCCGCAGCACAUGGGACAACAUUCGCCCAUGGCGAAGCAGCAGAGCGUGCACCAGAUGCAGCAGCAAGGGAUGCCUCCACCACACGCCAUGAUGGCUCAGCACCGAGCAAUGCAGCAGCGCAUGAUGCCGUACCCGCAGUACCCCCAGCAGCAGUUCCAGCAGGGCUACCCGCAACAAUUCACGCCUAUUCCAAUGCGGAUGAACCCUCAGGGAAUGUACUACCCCAACCAGAUGUACCCGCAGGGCGGUCCUCCGCAUUACGGACACAUGAUGCAGCACCCGAUGGCGCAUAUGCAAGGGCAAAUGCAGGGCCAGAUGCAAAAUCAAGCACAAGGUCAGAUGCAGAACCAAAUGCCGCAGGUGGUUGGCCAGAUGCAGGGAUCGAUGGGAGGUCACAUGCCAGGUCAGAUGCAAAGUCCAAUGCACGGGGCCGUCAACGCUCAUAUGCCUGGACAGAUGCAGCAGGUUAUGGGUCAGAUGCAAGGGUCUAUGGGAGGUCAUAUGCCCGGCCAAAUGCAAAGCCCGAUGCAGGGCGCCAUGAGCGGCCACAUGCCUGGGCAGAUGCAGAACCAGAUGCAACAGGUGGUUGGACAAUCGCAGCAGAUGCCACCGCAGUGA